AGUGUCCAAACUGUCGUCCCCAUCCUCCUACCAACGCCCAAAAUUCUACCGCUCGGAGUCGGAAAUGUCUCCGGGUCCGCCGGCCGUCGGAGGCGUGAGCCCUCCGGUUAUGGUACCCGGGAGUGCUCCACCAUUUCAGCCGACUCAUCAAUACUUUCAACAUCAUUAUCAUCAAACUCCGCCUGGAAAGCUCAGAGAUCGAUCUCCACGACUUUCGGCUGAAAUGCGCAAGAAUCGAGACACCGCAACAUCUUCGCCGGCCAGCAGCGGAGUUUCCAUACAGCAACGACGAGGAUCCACAACUCAGAACUCCGGAGUUGGAUCAAUCGGCCUACCUGUAUUGGGUGGUCGUGGUCGAGGAGUAAUGUCUGAUGGGCAUAUGCAACGAACUUUUCAUGAAGCUAUGCGGCAACGGAGAACAAGCCUGCCUGCCAAUAGUCUAUCACUUAAUGGAGCGAAGGUAACCGGUUCCUCGCUGAGCGAGGCGAAGGGUCUUAUCGCCGAUAUGCUAAUGAACAAGGAACUGCCCGGCAACGUGGCAUCCUGUCUUCGAGCCGUCACCAUGUUAUUGGAGCAGCGACCACUUCCGCUCAAUGGGCUUCUCAAUGAUUUUGGUCUGCCGUCUGUGGUCGAGAAUCCUUAUGGUGGAGAGUCGAUGGUUGUUGGGGCAUCCAAACCUCGAAUCUCCAACAUCACCUUCUCUACAGUCACAUCUGCCACAGGACUUCCAACUGUGCCGGCGGAGCCCAAUAAGGCCAGGAGCAGCAGUUAUUGGAAGACAGAAGCCUCCCCAUCGAACAACAAUGAGCACGAGACGCCGGUCGACUUGCUCCGAAAAAUCAGUGUUUCUCGGAAGGAAUCUGGCACCCAUGUGGAUACAGUAGUCACCACAAUUGACGGACAACGAUACGAUACACGUGAACUUGACACAGAUCCCGAUUUGGCUGAAACCGCCGUCUGGUCAUUCCCCAUUUUUCAGAUGUCUCGCAAGCAUCCGCAGACAAUUUUGAGCAGGCUAACCUACAACAUAUUCCAACAAGCCGAGCUGUUCCGAAUUUUCAAGGUUUCACCUAUCAAAUUUUUCAACUUUUUCCACGCACUAGAAAAGGGGUACUGGGAGAUUCCGUACCACAACCGAAUCCACGCGGCAGACGUUCUCCACGGAUGCUACUACCUCUCAGCUCACCCAGUACGGAGCACGUUCCUCACGCCGAAGACACCGGAUUCAGUGCUCACGCCGCCUCACCCACACCAUCAACAUUCGUCAAUUAUGUCACAACUGAGCACACUGGAGCUGAUGGCGUUGUUCACAGCGGCUGCGAUGCAUGAUUAUGAUCAUCCGGGCAGGACGAACGCCUUUUUGGUUCAGGUGGAGGAUAAGAAGGCAAUCCUGUACAACGACCGAAGUGUGCUGGAGAACCAUCACGCCGCAGAAUCUUGGAAAUUGCUCAACAAGCCCGAAAACCAUUUCAUCGAGAAUUUGGAUCCCGCCGAGAUGAAACGAUUCCGUUACCUCGUGCUGGAAUACAUCCUGGCCACAGACCUCAAGCAGCACUUCGAGAUCAUAAUGACGUUCACCGAACGGCUCACAGAGAUCGAUGUUCAAGUGGAAACCGAUCGAUUAUUGAUUGGAAAGCUGCUCAUCAAAAUGGCUGACAUAAAUAGUCCGACCAAGCCGUACGGCCUGCAUCGUCAAUGGACCGACCGAAUAUGCGAGGAGUUUUACGAGCAGGGAGAUGAUGAGCGGCGGAGGGGUCUGCCGAUUACUCCGUAUAUGGAUAGGGGUGAUGCACAGGUCGCCAAGCUUCAGGACUCGUUUAUUGCACAUGUUGUGAGCCCGUUGGCGACAGCUAUGAAUGAGUGCGGCCUCCUACCUAUCCUGCCCGGCCUAGAUACCUCGGAGCUCAUCAUAAAUAUGGAGCACAACCACCGAAAGUGGAAAGAGCAAAUUGAACUUGAAAAUGGUGGCUCAUAUGAGGCCCAGAUUACGUGUAAUGGCGGAACAGCAGUAAACGGUGUAAUAGAAGAAGAAAGUGCAAGUACAAGUGAUAGUCCGGACCCUCGACGGGAUUCUCCGUUGGACUCGGAUCUUAGUCAGUGAUGCCAAGCCGCCAGUCUAUCUCUCUUUUAAAAAAUCAAUAAAUCAAUAUUCCCUCUGGCCGUCUGCGUCUCUAUCUCUCUCCCUCUUUGCUAAGCUCUUUCUCGUUUCAUUUUCCUCUCUUGAACUUCCCCGAAUAGCUUUCGUGCACCUUUUUCUUGUCAUUUUCCCUCGGUUUUAUCAAAGAUUUAUUUUUGAGAGAAUUAUUGAUUUUAAAGGGGAAUAAAAUAGAUCGAUAGAAAUUUUAAUUUUCAAAACUAUUAUCGAUUUUUCUCUCGAAAUCAAUUUCCCUUCCCCUAUUCAUUUUUGAUUUUUUUUUCGGCACAAUUUCCUAUGAAUUCAGGUGCCGUUCACCAUUUGCUGCAGUAUUGCCGAAGAGGAAUAUGUCUGAAAAUGUCCCAAAUUUUAUUGAUUUUUUUUCGUUUUUUUCAUCCUCGCGGAUCUCGUUCCGAUGUUUUCUGUUACUUGCCGGGUCCUAUUCUUUCCCCUCCACAAUUUUCUCACACAUUGUUUUUUCAAAAAUCAAUCGAUAAAUAUCGAUUUUAUCGUGUUUUUGUUCACCAAGAUUACGGUAGAUUUUAGUGUUACUUUCCUCUUGCCAAUUGGAUUUUUUUUUUCUUGACUAUGUCAUUUUUUGUACCCUCUAUUUGGAAAAUUUUUCAAAUCCGUGUGUUUUUGUAUUAAACUUUGUCCAACAUUUUUUUAUUACUUUCUUUUUAUUAAAUAAUAAAAUAAUUUUA